AUGUCGGACGCGUUGAACGUGAUGAAACGCGCUCGCGAGAACGAGUAUUUCAUCAAAGAGCAAGAGCGAGAAAUCGCGGAGUAUAUUUUGAAACUGAAAACUGAAGGGAGGUACGAGGAAGCGAUGCGACGCGCGUCUUCUUCUUUGUCUUCUUCUUCUAGUGGUAGUGGUGCCUUACCGCAAGUGUUGGCGCACUCGGUGCGGUUGUUCGACAAAAAAUUUACGAUGAAGGAAGAGGUGAAUUCGAAAAAGCUGGAUCGAGAUUUUAUCAAGAAGCAUUCGAUUUCGGGAGCGUGCACGGGGAAUCCGGUGUUUAUUGGACACGCGACGCUCGGUUCGCGAGUGUCUUUGGGGAAGUCCAAAUGGAGCGGUUCGACGCAGGCGGUGGAAGGGACUUCGAUUUUCUCGGUGCACAAGGCGAUGGAGUUGAUGGAGUCGGCGCCGGAAAGGUUUAACGGCGUCGAGAGUCGAGCUUCGAAGCACAUGCGAGAUGAAACGUUCGUUAUGAUUGGAAAGAAGAAAGUGAAGUUAUUGCCGGAUCCGACGCCGGGAAGAGCGUUGGCGUGGGGCGGGACGUUGGCUCUUUGGGGCACCGGCGCCGUCGUGUUGACCUCGUGCAAGUUCCUCGGGAUUAAUAGUUUACAAGACGUCAACGACGUGAUGAAGCGCACUUUGGACCCGUUGGCAAAACGGGUCAAGGAUACGUUCACGCCGUUGCGAACAAACUUUGAAAAGACGGAGUGGUUUGAACAGUCACAAAACGCCGAUAAGUUUUCCGGGUCUCACUUUGCGAUGGAUUUGAAGAGAAAGUUUGCCAUUUAA